GACAUUGAAGUUGAGUGUGCAGUGCAGUGUUUGGGACAGAGAUUUGGCCUGCAGCAGAGUACAGUAGGAAAAUGUACACAAUCUGCCAGAGGUAAGGUUGAUGAUUCUGGUGGGCUAACAGAGAAAGAGAUAAUCAGAGCUGAGAGAAAUGCAGGUUUCAUUAGCAGUAGAUUAAGGGAGAUUCAGAUGCAAAACUAUUUGAGGAAGAAAGAACAGAAAACUCAACAAGAGAAGGAUCUUCGUGAAGGGCUCCAGUUUUCCAAGAAUGGUAAAUAUGAGGAAGCAUUGGAUAGGUUUGAGUCUGUGUUAGGCUCUAAACCAAGACCAGAUGACGCAUCAGUUGCAAGUUACAAUGUUGCUUGUUGCUACUCGAAGCUUAAUCAGGUUCAACCUGGUCUCUCGGCUCUGGAAGAAGCAUUGAAGUCAGGAUAUGUAGAUUUCAAGAGAAUCUGA